AUGUCUCGCCCACAAGGCCCCACCUCCAACGUAUCCUUCUCCGACAAUCUCCCUACUCCUCCCUCCCGCCGCGCCAAUGAGCUUCCCCCUCGACCACCAGCUAAAGGCGGUCCAUCAAAAUCAUCCCUCUCUUCCAGUUCCGCCUUCUCGCCCAACGAGCCAACACUAGGCUAUCAAGGCGAUUAUGUUGAUGCGGGCGCCCAGCCGGGCUUCUCGGGUGCAGGCGCGGAUGUGAGGCGGAAAAAGUCGAUGGUCAAGCCGGAGAGGGAGCGGAUCGAUCCCGGCCAUCGGUUGUGGCAUUAUCGGGAGCACGCAGCAGAGGAUGGGAUGACGGUCAUGCCGAGCUCUACCGGAAACCAACCUGUCGGAGCUGGUGCACCAGGCCUACGCAGAGGCAAAUCGCUUCUCGCGCGCGACUCCGAUCAGCCCGAACCCGGCAUGAACAUCUUCAAGCGCAACACCAUUCGUCGACGCGCGUCCCAGGCGGCUCGACAACAGCAGGCGCCAAAUGCUGUGCAGAGCAACCGGGUCGCUGCGCCAGCGGGCACGAGCGAUGGCGCCUGCGGGUGUCUCGGUGACUUUGCGCCCGGGCCAAAGGACGGGUGGAUGGUGUACUGCUUCCUCCUCACGUGCUGCAUCCCCGGCUUUGUCCUUUCAGGCCUGUUUGGCCGAAAGACACCGGACGCACAGCGGGCGUGGAGGGAGAAGAUGGGUCUGGUCAGCAUCGUCGCUGGCUUGAUGGCGCUCGUCGGUUUCUUUACAUUCGGUUUCACCCAGACCGUCUGCGGUACGCAGCCUCUGCGGAUCGCCGGCGGCCAAGCCAACAACGGAACACUCAUUAUCAACGGUUACGCGUAUGACUUUUCGCAAUGGCGCCACCCCGCCGCCGGAAACACAUUCAACGGCUCGACCAACCCCCUCUACCUGGAACAAUACCAAGCCGGCGGUAAAGACGCCAGCUUCUUGUUCCAGCGCGUCAACCAGAAGUGCUACGGUGUCAUCCGACCCGCUUCCGGCUCUGCGAUCAACACCAAUGCUCAGGGCGAGAUGGGGUGGUACUUCCCCUGCAACCUGCACCAGCAGAACUCGUCCAUGCCCACCAACGUUACCGGUGUAGAGCGAUCGACCAAUUGCCACACCACGACCAAAGGCCGGCAGUCGCUCGCGCAACAGACACCUAUCGCCGAGAUUUACUAUACUUGGGACCGGAUCACGCAAGGCAACCGCAAUUUGGGUGUCUACAAAUCUGCCGUUCUCGACUUUGACCUCUUGAACUGGCUCGGCACUGGCCAGGUCCAGUACCCCUCAUUCUUUGACACGCUCAAGAACCGCAACUCGACCUUUGCCGGAAAAGACAUUACCGGCUACGUCGAGCGGACCGAGCUCAACCAGUACGCCGACUGCUUGGCGGAUAUCAUCCAGGUCGGUUUCAUCGACUCGACAUCUAUAGGAUGUGUCGCCUCGUCCAUCGUCCUCUACGUCUCGCUGGCGUUCAUUCUCGGCGCGGUCGCCAUCAAAUUUGGAAUGGCGGUGGUGUUUGGCUGGUUCCUCAGCUGGCGCCUGGGCAAUUUCAAGGGAGAGUCGUACCAGCAGCGGAUGAAGCGGGCGGCGGAGAUUGAGCAGUGGACGGACGAUAUCUACAAGGCGGCGCCGGGGUACAUGCGGCCCAAUGCCAAGGCGAGUCGGAAGACUGUCUUCUUCCCCACCACUUCGCGCUUCAGCAAGGCUGAGCCAAUGAUGGUCGGAGCGGGACGGCCUACUACCGCCUACAACUUGGCCGUCGACAAGGGCUCGCGUCAGCAGAGCAUGUACGGCAACAAGCUUACUCCGCCCGGCUCGCCCAUGCUGCGGAACAGCCGGUCGUCCACCUCCCUCCCCUUUCGCGACGAAUCGCAUCAAUCCCUCUCGGACCAGGCUAGCAACUGCCCCUUCCCCCUCGGCAACGUCGUCCCGCAGCCCGCGUCGGACUUUGAGCCCUUUGGCUUCCCUCUUCCCCACUCGAUCCUCCUCGUCACCGCCUAUUCAGAGUCGAUCGACGGUCUCCGGACCACGCUCGACUCGCUAGCCACGACCGACUAUCCCAACAGUCACAAAUUGCUCCUCGUUAUUUGUGACGGGAUGGUCAAGGGAUCAGGCUCCAAGCAGUUCACCCCGGACAUCGUCCUCGGCAUGAUGACGGAACUCGUCGAGGCGCCCGAGGAGACGGAAUCUCACUCGUACGUCGCCAUCGCGGACGGGCACAAGAAACACAACAAGGCCAAGGUGUAUGCCGGCUUCUACAAUUAUGACGACUCUACCGUCGAGCAGAGCAAGCAGCAGCGCGUGCCCAUGGUGCUCGUCGCCAAGGUCGGGAACGACAUGGAGCGGAACGACGCCAAGCCCGGAAACCGCGGAAAGCGAGACUCGCAGAUCGUCCUCAUGAGCUUUUUGCAAAAGGUCAUGUUUGACGAGCGGAUGACCACGUUCGACUAUGAGUUCUUCAACGCUAUCUGGCGGUGCACCGGCAUCACCCCGGACCGGUACGAGACGGUCUUGUGUGUCGAUGCAGACACCAAGGUGUUCCCGGACUCGCUCACCCGCAUGAACGCGUGCAUGGUGAACGACACCGAGAUCAUGGGGUUGUGCGGAGAGACCAAAAUUGCCAACAAGUCGGAAAGCUGGGUCACGAUGAUUCAAGUCUUUGAAUACUACAUUUCCCACCACUUGACCAAGGCGUUCGAGUCGGUCUUCGGCGGUGUCACCUGUCUUCCGGGAUGUUUCUCCAUGUACCGGAUCAAGGCGCCCAAGGGCGACCGCGGCUACUGGGUGCCUAUUCUCGCCAACCCGGAUAUCGUGGAACAUUACUCGGAGAACAUCGUCGACACCCUGCACAAGAAGAACCUCUUGCUUCUCGGCGAGGACCGGUACCUUUCCACCCUGAUGCUCAAGACCUUCCCCAAGCGGAAGAUGGUCUUUUGCCCCCAGGCGGUCUGCAAAACGGUCGUCCCGGAACGGUUCCGCAUCCUGCUGUCGCAGCGUCGCCGGUGGAUCAACUCGACGGUUCACAACCUCUUUGAGCUCAUGCUCGUCCGGGACCUGUGCGGGACAUUCUGCUUCUCCAUGCAGUUUGUCGUCUUUAUGGAUCUCGUCGGUACCCUCGUCCUCCCGGCCGCCAUCAGUUUCACCCUCUACAUCUUGAUCAUCACCAUCCUCCCGCAAAGCGUGACCGGCAUGGAGAAGCCCAUCAUCUCGCUUAUCCUCCUCGCCUUUAUCCUCGGUCUCCCCGGUGUCCUCAUCGUCAUCACCUCCCGCAAGGUCGCCUAUGUCGGGUGGAUGCUGAUGUACCUCCUCUCGCUGCCCAUCUGGAACUUGGUCCUCCCGGCAUAUGCCUACUGGCACAUGGACGACUUUACCUGGGGAGAGACGAGAAAGAUUGUAGGAGAGCACAAGGAGGAGGCGCACGGUGCCAAGCAGGGGCAGUUCAACUCGAGGGAUAUCGUGAUGAAGCGCUGGGUCGAGUUUGAGCGCGAGAGGAGGUGGAAGAAUGGGACGGCGAGCAGGGAUAGCGGGUUGUAUGAUGUUGUUCAGCGCUCUAGCAGUCCGAGAAGUCACCUUCCGUCCAACCGGUACUCGAUGGCCUCGACGAGCGAGACGUACAUGUCUGGCUUCAACACAUCGGAAAGCAACCCUCUCUUCCGCCCGAGCCACAGCAUGGCAUCCAUGAGCCCGUACAGCGAAAAGACCGACCCCAACGGCAUCCCUCAGCUCGCUCUCCCCCCGGCGCGUCCAAUGAUGCCAUCUCCAGCGUCAUCCGAGUCGGGUGGCCGGGAAGAUCCCAGCAGACUACCCCAGGCGCCCUACCCCUACGGCUACCCCACUAGCCAGAGCGACGACAAUGACGCCCCCAUCCUUUCCGGCUUCCCUGCCAAUGACAACUACCGCCAGCCCCAGGCUUACAGCCAAGCCCCGGUUCAGGUCUACCCAACGUCCGACACGCCGCGUCAGCGCACUCCGUCAGCCAACAGCCGCGGGGUCUCGCUCGUCGAUACCGGACCCGUCCCCGCUGCGCCGCACGACCCCGUUCGAAGGGUCUCGAGGCAUCAGCGAAGGAGCUCUAGCCGGAAUCAGCUAGUCAGCCCAGUUACUGGGAGUAGCCAAUCUUCGCAUCUGCCUCCAGGAGCAGCACCACCAUCUCGAUACUAG